UUGCUAGAGAUCAUCGUUCUUUCUGCCUAGCACCGUUGCCCCGCCCGUUUUCUCUUAAUUGUCUUGAACGACUCUGCGAAGAACAGCCCAGAACGGGCGGUGGUUUUUCUUGGUGGCCGAUCUUACUUUUUUACAGGUUGGUUAAAUCGAAAGGGGCACCAUGGAUGACAACCAAGCCGUCCAGUAUUUGGAAUCCUUGAUUGGUCAAACACUGCGAGUCCACGCGACAGACACGCGUAUUUUCGUGGGCGCUUUCAAGUGUACAGAUUCGGCGCGAAAUAUUAUCCUCGCGAGCACAUACGAAUAUCGCUUUCCGAGCCCAUCGGCAGUUCGAGAUGCUGCCACUGACGCAGAAAACCAAGACUCCACGAUAGGCGCAGCCUCCGAGAAUGUCAGAGUGAAUAUGACAAGUCGAUUUAUUGGUCUUGUGGUCGUGCCCGGUCAGCAUAUCACGAAGAUCGAGUUGGAGGAGACCCCUCAGCAGAGUCGCGUGCGGGAAACGCUCAAAAAAUCAUAGAAGGCAACUCUCCACUACAGGUUGCGAAUUCCAUCUGCAUGUUGGACUAGAUCCUAAGCUCAAGCCUCCCUUCAGUUCCGAUUCGGCCGGCAUGGCACAUCAAUAUCGAAUAAUAAUGAAGGAGAAGACCUCGAAAACAAGCGGUCAACUGCACU